AUUAGCUAUUUUUUCAACCGGUGGCGCCGCCGGUGACGAACGGGGCUCAUUAUCUCAUCUGGCCCUUCGUCAACCUGCGCACAACGGAGGGAAACUCCUCCCAGACGUGACUUUUCUGGGGCUGGCGUGCGCGGACGGGUUCCUCCAUGGCGUGCACUGGCAUAGUAUUAGUAGUCAUUGCAAAGCCAAGAGGAGACUCGAACAGAGAAGGGGGAAGGACCGAAGGAGAGACGCAGGAAGAAGCAAGGAUUGCCAUACGCUGACUGCACUGCAGCCGCGCUGCGCUGCGAGAGAAGAGGGCGGGGGGAGCACGUGGAGGAGCCAAAGGGGGUGAUUCCCUUGCUGGGCUAAAGGACUCAAGAGGCAAUGCCAGCACCAGCACCAUCGAUUAGUCUGGGAGCUCCAACUCCCUAUAUAACAUCUCAUGGAUCCAAAGUUGCACGCCUACACAUGUAUGACUGGAUUGUGCUAGUUCUGCUAGCUGUAUUGGAUGGAGUUCUCAAUAUAAUAGAACCAUUCCAUCGGUUUGUCGGAUCAGAAAUGAUGACAGACCUCAGAUACCCCAUGAAGGACAACACAGUGCCAUUUUGGGCUGUGCCGAUAGUUGGUAUCAUUGGGCCUAUCAUUAUUAUGACAGUGAUAUACUUUAAGAAGAGAAAUGUAUAUGAUCUGCAUCAUGGAAUACUAGGUCUCUUGUUUUCAGUGCUUAUCACUGCUGUUUUAACUGAUGCGAUCAAGGAUGGUGUUGGGCGACCGCGUCCAGAUUUCUUCUGGCGUUGCUUCCCUGAUGGAAUACCUGAUUAUAAUAACUUUACUACAGGCGCCAUAUGCCAUGGCGAGGCGAGUGUUAUUAAAGAAGGUCACAAGAGCUUUCCAAGUGGUCAUAGUUCAUGGUCUUUUGCUGGCCUUGGCUUCCUUUCAUGGUAUCUGGCUGGUAAAAUCAAAGUAUUCGAUCGUAAAGGGCAUGUUGCAAAACUCUGCAUUGUCCUUUCCCCUCUGCUUCUUGCAGCCUUAGUGGCAGUUUCUCGAGUUGAUGACUAUUGGCAUCACUGGCAAGAUGUAUGUACUGGUGGAUUACUUGGGUUGACAGUCGCUUCCAUUUGCUACCUGCAGUUUUUUCCACUACCAUCUGAUGAAAAUGGAUUGUGGCCUCACGCGUAUUUCCGACACAUUGGUGAGCCAGAGGGUGACAACCAAGUGCAACCCACGUACAUGAGCCGUCGCAGCUCGAUUCAUAACGGUUCCUUUCACAGUCCUGAUGCAGUGGAAAUGAGGAGCACGAGCCGAGCACUGGAUUCCAUGGAAGCUGGUGGGAGAGUCCAAUGAUGGAAUAAUAACACCAAGGGCCACAGACCAUUGUAAAUUUUGUAAUAUAACCUUCUAGUGCUUAGUAUAGCAAAGAUUUUGUUCGAUUCCUUAUUAUGUAACUUCCAAAGCAUAGAAUAUAAAGCACAUGUCUCUGGUGAGAAUUCUUGGCUAGAUUCCAUCUCCUUUUGGAACAUAUAUUUGAUAUAUGACGUCGAUGCGUCAUGAGACACAACACAAAGAAGCAUGAGCUUAUAUGUACUAUUUUGGAGGAUCUUAAAAUGCGGUUCCUUUAGCA